AUGAAAAAGAUGAGUGCGUCAUUGACUCCUAACCAUCCCUUAAACACUUAUUCUUCCUCAACCUUACCUGACUCAUUCAUGUCAAUUCCCAUACAAGACUAAGUCAUAUUGUCAGUGAGCUAUUAUUGCAAUGGCUGACGUCCAUGAGCGAGAUCAGGCCACGCGGUUAGAUCGUUCAAACUGCGUCUUGCCACCUUCCAGCGAUAGUUCUUUCAUUGAAAGGGAGACUAUCAGCAUAGAUGUCGACCUUGAUAGCACGGAAAAUCUUGCAGUUGUCCUUUCUGAUGUUUCAAUUCCUGGAAUCUUGAAAGCUUGUUGGAGCUUGACUCUACAAUGCUUUAUUGUGGCUGACGUUAUCUGCUUCAAGUACUCGGGUCCUCACGACCUUAGUAAGGACGAGGGAUUCGAGUCGAUGAUACGAAAUGUAGGGAAUACCAACAGUUCGGUUCAAUACUAUACCCGUAUCGACCCUUCUGAGCCAGUCUGGUCAUUUUUACGGCGUUUUGAUCAGAGUCAGCUUAUUUCCAAUGCCAUGGUCGAAGGCCACGACAUCGGUGUCGCUGAUCAACGCUCGUCUCGUCACAACUGUAAUACUGGUAUCUAUCUCCAAGGAUUCAAGGAUGACCCGAAUAUCACCAGUAUGGAGGUGGAUGUUCAGCUACUGGUUGGGCCUUCAUAUACCUCGAUCCAGCUUAUAUAUAAACCGUCUCACACCAGUGCCAGUAUGGCAACAAGCAUUCUGCGUACCUUUCAACAAAUUUACUCACAGUGUGGCAAUUCCUCGAUUAAUACACUUCUUAGAGAUAUAAAUGCAUGCGCACAGCACGAUUUGGAGAACAUCCAGAGCUGGACAGCUAUGGAUCCCACGCCUGUCGAUAGAUGUUUACAUGACUUGAUUUUGGAACAAUGUACUCUGAGACCCGACGAGAUGGCCAUCUGUUCUUGGGAUGGGAAUCUAACUUACAAGGAACUGGACGAUCUCUCACUACGUCUUGCGACUUUGCUCAUGGAGAAGGGUGUUGGCCCUGAGACCUUCGUGUUGAGCUGUUUCGAAAAGUCGACCUGGGCUAUCGUCGCACGCCUCGCGAUAUUACGGGCCGGGGGCGCUUAUAUAUCAGUUUUCGCGAGCGAUCCUCCUGUUUAUCUCGAGUCCGUCAUAGCUCGGACGAGGACCCGCAUCUUGCUUACAGAUUCGUCUCAUGUUAAUCGGUUUCAAGGCAUAGUUCCAACUCUCAUCGAACUAUCUCCUGAGUGGCUGCGGAGCCUAUCUGUGGGAUCUUCAACAUGUCAGACAGUUAGACCUGAUAGUGCUUGCCUGGUUCUGUUCACAAGUGGCAGCACGGGCACACCCAAAGGUAUCAUUCAAAAUCAUAAGGCCUAUGCCUCUGCUAUCACAAACUACGCCCGCGAUCUCGGGCUCGAUUCGCGGACGAGGUUCUUCCAGUUUGAUGACUAUGCAUUUGACAUCAGCAAUUUGGAAUUUUUGGUUCCGCUGGUUCUCGGCGGUUGCUGCUGUGUUCCUGGGCCAAUGAAGACGGUUCAAGACCUUACGCGGGAAAUAAACACGAUGGCUGCUGAUACUAUCUUUUUAACACCUACAGUGGCUAUUAAGCUAGAACCGCAAGACAUUCCUCAACUCAAGACAUUAUGUGUCGGAGGUGAGCCUCUUCCCAAAGAUCUUGUGAGGAAAUGGGCCAACAGCUCAACAAAAUUGGUCAACCAAUAUGGUAUGGGAGAGGUAGCUAUAUGUUGCGCUCUAAACACGAAGAUCGAGCCUGUUGGCGGUGCCAAAGUUGGACGGCCAUCCACUGGAACCAUAUGGCUCGUUGACCCGACUUCGCCUGACAAGUUGAUGCCGAUAGGAGCAGUGGGCGAGAUAAUAGUGGAAGGACCACAUUUAUCUCGUGGGUACCUUGAUGAUACAGCAACGCGACGAACUGAGGCAGGCUUUAUAAAGAAAAUACCAUCCUGGCUGGUCAAGAUGCACCCGAACAGAACACAGACGCGGAUAUACAGGUCGGGAGAUCUUGGCAGGCUCAAUCACGAUGGUAGCAUCACAUACCUCGGUCGCAAGGAUACAAUUCUGAAAUUAGACGGGUGCAGAAUUGACGCACUGGAAGUCGAGCAUCAAGCUAGAAAAUGUCUCUCCGACAAUGACAACAUCGUUGUCGAUCUCCUAGGGGUCAUUAACGGCCAAGACGAGCCCAGCUUGGCCGCAUUAAUCUAUCUCGACAGCCAUCCUGAUAGCACAGCCCCUAAAGCCAAUGCGAUGCCGCUAUUGAAGGAUGCUACUACAGAUAGUUUCGCGUGCGAAAAGGUAAAGGAGAUCCAGGAUUCCAUCGCACAGUCACUUCCGCACUACAUGAUGCCUACGAAAUUCGUCCUCAUGUCAUGGCUGCCCCGAACAGCAUCAAAAAAGGUCGAUAGAAAGAAGAUACAUAUGCUGGGACAGCUAUUCUACUUUGCGCAGCUGGAACAUUGGCGUAAGGACUUGUCUUAUGCACAGAAAAUUUAGAUCACCUAGCGUAACCUAACAAUCAUGGGAAAAGUAAGAUGGAUCUCAAAAGUUAGACAUGGGUUUAUCGGUUUGUUUUGUCACAAAAUUGGACUAUAGUUCUAGUAGUUGUCGAACCCUCUAGUCACCUAGAAAGGGGAUAUCGAGUCUUCAGAGAAGAGACUAUUCAUCAAGAUAUAAAACCUACAGCAGAAUAACAUGAC